AUGGAUUUCGAGGGCACAAAAGGAAUCGAGUAUCAAAGAAUCAAACCCGAUGUCGAUGCGAGUGUCAUUGCCGAGCUGCCCCGAGGUUGUCGCAUCCUCCGUACCGAACAACAUGGCGUGAGUUUCUGGGCGAACACGAGGCGGAUUGACGUCUUGUUGGCGGAUGCGAUCACCAAAGUAUCCUUUUUCAUCAAGAUCCUCUCCCAUGAGACGGGUAGAAACAUGGUACAUGGAGAAUUCGAAUCCAUGAAAGCCAUCUACAGCAUACUUCCCAACUUUGCACCCAAGCCGAUCGCCUGGGGCACGUAUCAGAGCAAUCCAGACACGCACUUCUUCCUGUGCGAAUACCGGGAAAUGACAGAUGAUAUGCCUGACCCCGACAAGUUCUGUGCACAGCUCGCUCUGCUGCACAAGAACAGCAAGUCUCCCAAUGGCAAGUUUGGCUUUCACAUCACAACCUACGGCGGCAAUCUUCCGCAGUUGAACGACUGGGAGGACAGCUGGGAGACAUUCUUUACAAAGAGUAUGCGGUGGGCACUGAACCUGGAGCUGCAAGUCAGAGGACACGAUCCAGAAUUCGACACUCUGGUGCCGACCCUGUUCGAAAAGGUGAUUCCUCGACUGCUUCGACCGCUGGAGAGUGAAGGCAGAUCUGUCAAACCUUCGCUUGUGCAUGGGGACCUCUGGUACGCCAACUCAGCGAUCGAUGCCGACACAGGUGCCUCUUUGAUUUUUGACGCUUGUUGCUUCUACGCCCACAACGAGUAUGAAUUCGGCCAAUGGAUGCCCGCUUGUAACAAGUUCGGUGCUGCGUACUUGUCUUCCUAUCGCUCUUAUGUCCAGAUAUCAUGUCCGGAGGAGGAUUACCAAGGCCGGCUUGAUCUCUAUAAGUUGUGA